ACGGUACUCCAUCUAGCGGACACCAUCGGUAUUUAGUGGUGUUAUACCUCCGGAAGUUUAGCCGGUGUAGGGGUAACUUUUGGCGGUAACUGCGCACGGAACUUCAGUUGAACAGCUGAUCGCCCAACAGAGCAGAAGUGCACAGCUAGAGGAGCAAACAACCAAUUGCUAAAUUAUAGUCAUGGCUGAGAAAUUGAACUCGACCAAGGAUUUUCAAGAAGUAGUGGAUGAAUACCUGGCUGAAAGACGUGUGUUCAAACCUGCAGAAGUGUUCGUAAAAGAACUUUCUCUUUGCCCGAGAUACAUCGGAGGGCCUGACAGAUCAGCAAAGUUGCUUGAUGCCAUGCUGAAAAUGGUCAACUUGGUUAAAGAGAAAAGGGCAGUCCUCCGUAACCAGAAGUCACAUGACCAGUGGUUAAAAUCAGCAGCCCAGGCUAUGGAAACCUAUUGUGUGGCUAAUAGGGACUGGAUUUCCGAACACGUGUGGAAACUAAAAGCCCGCCCAGUAGUCGUCUCCCAUGAUUAUGAUCCUGAACGGGGUAGAAAAGACAUUCGGUAUAUGAAACCAACCAGUGAAGCCCCGUCAGAAGACAAAUGUCUUGAAAAAGAAGAGGGAGAGGAAAGUACGGGCGAGAUUAGUCUGGAUCUAGAGGAAGACUUGUUGUAUUUGUUGGAUACGCCAAAGUCAAAAACAUCAGGCGGUCGACAGGAAGCAUCCAACAUGGAAGUCGAUCCAGAAGCUACGGUUAAGUUGGCACCAACUCCAAGAAGGAAAGGAAACAUGAGACAGCACUGCCGGCUUCAUCGGUCCCAGAGCUCAAACGUACUGUGACAGUAGAAAAGGAAAAGUCUGUGCAAGCACCCCA